AUGCAGCUCUACUCCUGGAUCAUGUCAGGCUUGGUGGCCAGUACAUCGGCCGCCGCUGUGACCGAGGCCUAUGACUAUAUCAUCGUCGGAGGUGGCACCGCCGGAGGAGCCCUCGCCACCCGACUGAGCCUCGGCCUUCCUAAGCUCAAGAUCCUUCUUCUGGAAGCGGGCCCAGCAGCUCUCGAUGAUGUCCGCAUCAAUGUACCCGGGAUGCGCGGUUCGAUCUUGGGAACUUCGUACGAUUGGAACUUCUCUUCCGUCGCCCAGACUGGCCUCAAUGGGCGGUCCAUCAGCGUCAACCGUGGCAAGGUUCUCGGCGGCUCAUCCGCGAUGAACUUCCUAUGCUAUGACCGCGCCUCAUCUGCUGAAUACGACGCCUGGGGCGAGCUCGGAAGCCCCGGGUGGAACUGGAACACCAUGAUCCAUGGUAUGACGAAGUCGGAGAACUUCACGGGUAACGACGGCGACGUCCACGGUCGCACUGGUCCUAUCAAGUCCACCUACAAUCGCAUCGUCCCUGAUGUUUUGAAACCAUGGCAGUCAGUGGUCAACAAGCUGGGCGUCCCCACCAAUGACGGAGGCUCCCUGGGAGGGGACCCUCUCGGAGUCAUGUUCCAGCCCACGAACAUUGACGUGACCAACUACACCCGGUCAUACAGCGCUAACAGCUACUUGCCAAAGGCUGGGCCUAACCUCUCAGUCAGGACGAACGCCCACGUCGCCAAAGUUCUAUUUUCUCAGAGCAAAGGCUUAGCUGCUACCGGCGUGGCUCUCGAAGAUGGCUCUAUAAUCCGGGCCCGCAAAGAGGUUAUCCUCUCGGCAGGUUCCAUCCAGAGUCCGGGGCUGCUCGAGCUGUCCGGCAUUGGCCAGGCCGCUGUUCUCGCCAAGGCGGGUGUCAAAAAAUUGCUCGAUCUCCCGGGUGUCGGCGAAAAUUACCAGGACCACCUUCGUACCUCUAACACCUAUCGACUGAAGGAAGGAUAUGAAUCCUUCGAUCCCAUGAUCUUCGAUAGUGAGGGCACAUUGGCGAAAGAGCAAUUCAACCUAUGGCUUCAAAACAAGGUAUCGUGGUAUGACUACACCAGCAGCGCCUACGCCUUUCUCAACUGGGCCCAGGUUAGCAAUGAGACGGGGAAGGACCUCAUUAGCCUUGCCAAUGACGGCUUUGCCAGCAAUGGCACCGUCGUAGACAAGAAAAAGCUCGAGUACCUGAGCGAUCCUUCUAUUCCCCAGCUGGAGCUCCUCCUAGAAGCCAACUACGUCGGCGCCGCAGGCUAUCCCGGCGGCAAGUUCAUCACCAUCUUCUCCACCAUCAUGCAUCCCAUGAGCCGCGGUAGUGUUCACAUCAACCCGCAUGCUCCAAGAGGCAGGCCGGAUAUUGACCUAAAGUAUCUCACCAACGAGUACGACGUGCGCGCCCUCAUUGAAGGUGCGAAGUUUGCCCGUAAGGUCGCCGAGACAGAGCCUCUGCGGUCCGUAUGGGAAGCAGAGACAGAGCCGGGCCCGGACGUGACGACAGACAAACAGUUCCGCGACUUCGCCGUCAAGACGGUCAACAGCUUCUAUCACCCUAUCGGCACCUGCGCGAUGCUCCCUAAGAAGGAUGGUGGCGUUGUCGACUCAAACCUGAAGGUGUAUGGCACGAAGAACCUGCGCGUGGUUGAUGCUAGUAUUAUCCCCGUCCAGUUGUCGGGCCAUAUUCAGACGGCGGUGUAUGGCAUCGCAGAGAUAGCGGCGCAGAAGAUUAUUGCUGCGGCAUACUAG